CGUGUAACACGAAAGGGAGCCUUGUUUCAAAGGGGCGGAGAGUGUCAGACAGAAAUUCCUUCGGGUAGUUUCUCAGGAAACAGUAUAGAGCGAUGUCACUGAAGGCGUUGGGAAGCGGAGCGAGUGAGCCGGAAGCGAAAACAGGAGUCAUCCGGCUGUACUGUCAUCGUUUCUGUCCUUUCAGCCACAGGGCCGUCCUGGUUGCCUUCCAUAAGAAUAUUCCUGUGGAGAUAUGCAACAUCAAUGUCAAAGACAAGCCGGAUUGGUACUUGAAGAAGAGUCCCUCGGGCAAAGUACCUUUACUGGAGAAGGACGGCCGAGUGCUCUCUGAAUCUCUGGUUAUUGCUGAGUAUCUAGAUUCGGUUUCGGAUGGAGCACCAUUGAUCCCAAGAGACCCUUUCGACAAAGCUCUCGAUCAAAUGUUCCUCGAGAGCCUCUCCCUCUUCCCUAUUCUAAAAAUUCACUUCGAAAAUGAGCGACGUGCCGAAUUCUUCGAAGAUUUCAUAGUGAAAGUGAAGCCACUCGUCGACGAGCUAACUAAAAGAGGUCGCAAGUUCCUUGCUGGUGAUGAGCAGCCAGGAUUCGUCGAUUAUAUGAUCUGGCCUUUCUUCCAUCACUACCUCGCUCUCCGCGAAAUCUAUCCUGAGCUGCAGCUGCCAAGAACCGCCGUGCUGGACAGCUGGAUCGCGUCAAUGCAGCAAGAACCAGCCGUCAAGGAAUUAGUAGACGUGAAAAUCUACGCAGAAUUCCUUAAGCUAUACAUGGAAGCGAAAUACGACUUCGACCUUGGUCUCUGAUGACGGUGGUCGUCGCCGAUAUUAUACGCGAGACGUCUUGGAGUCGUAUACGACUGCGCAACGAGGCUCAUGACUUACAAUGAAUAUUUGGCGUCGAAAUCUCGACCACAAAAAAAUCACGUGGGCUUUCUCGAGGAUAUGUUUGGCCUUUCGCUGAAGUUUUUAUGCUCCACGAGGAAUGCUCGAGAAGUUUCUCAUGAGCUCAUGCGACGCAUAUAAUAAAAUAAUUUUCAAGCUACCAA